AUGGAACCAGGAAAUGAUACACAAAUUUCAGAAUUCCUUCUUCUGGGAUUUUCAGAGAAAUCAGAAUUGCAGCCCCUCAUAUUUUGGCUUUUCCUCUCCAUGUACCUGAUCACUGUGUGUGGAAACCUGCUCAUCAUCCUGGCCACCAUCUCAGACUCACACCUGCACACCCCCAUGUACUUCUUCCUCUCCAACCUGUCCUUUACUGACAUCUGUUUCACCUCCACCACCGUCCCAAAGAUGCUGGUGAACAUCCAGACACAGAGCAAGGUCAUCACCUAUGCAGGCUGCAUCACCCAGGUGUUCUUUUACAUAGUCUUUGUAGCAUUGGAUGACUUCCUACUGACCGUGAUGGCCUAUGACCGGUAUGUGGCCAUCUGUCACCCCCUGCACUACACGGUCAUCAUGAAUCCCUGGCUGUGUAGAAUGCUAGUCCUAGCAUCCUGGAUCAUCAGUGUCCUGUAUUCUUUGUUACAAAGCUUAAUGGUAUUGAGGCUGUCCUUCUGUAAGCAUGUGGAAAUCCCCCACUUUUUCUGUGAACUUAAUCAGGUGGUCCACCUUGCCUGCUCUGACCCCUUUCUUAAUGACAUGGUGACCGAUUUUGCAUCUGUGCUGCUGGGUGGAGGGCCCCUUGUUGGGAUCAUUUACUCUUACUAUAGGAUCAUUUCUUCUAUAUGUGCAAUCUCUUCAGCUCAGGGGAAGUACAAAGCAUUUUCCACCUGUGCUUCUCACCUGUCAGUUGUCUCCUUAUUUUAUUCUACAACUGUGGGUGUGUACCUUAGUGCUGGUUCCAUCCACAGCUCACACUCAAGUGCAACUGUCUCAGUCAUGUAUACUGUGGUCACUCCCAUGCUGAACCCUUUCAUCUACAGUCUUAGGAAUAAAGACCUAAAGAGGGCUCUAAAAAUAAUUUUCAGAAAAGGAAUUGUGAAAGGGUCAAUUGGCCUGGAGCUGCAGUAG